AUGGCGACUUGGAGGACAUUGAAGGAGGAGGAGGUGAAGAUGAAAGCCAAAGAAGACGAUGGGGAGCGAGAAGAGAACUCAGGUCUCCUCCAGCGCGCGAGUUCUGUGGGCGACUCGCUUUGCGCCCAAAAGCGCCUAGUCCUGAGCUCUGAGGGACAGAGCUUGCACUCAGGCUCAGGCUGGCUCGAAAGGCCCCCGUUUCUGCCCUUCGCCUCCCCCGUCGCCAAGGAGAGUAUCCCGCUCUUCACCUACGGCCUGAUCAAACUUGCCUUGUUGUCCUCCAAGACCAGGUGCAAGUUCUUCAGUCUGACCGAGACCCCGGAGGAUUACACCAUCAUUGUCGAUGAGGAGGGCUUCCUGGAGCUGCCCUCCUCGGAACACCUGAGUGUGGCCGACGCCACCUGGCUGGCCCUCAACGUGGUGUCGGGUGGUGGCAGCUUCUCCAGCUCCCAGCCCAUCGGUGUGACCAAGAUCGCCAAGUCGGUCAUCGCCCCGCUGGCCGAUCAGAACAUCUCUGUGUUCAUGCUGUCCACCUACCAGACGGACUUCAUCUUGGUGCGUGAGCGGGACCUGCCCUUCGUUACCCACACCUUAUCAUCAGAGUUCACCAUCCUGCGGGUCGUCAAUGGCGAGACAGUGGCAGCCGAGAACCUCGGCAUCACCAACGGCUUCGUGAAGCCCAAGAUAGUCCAGAGGCCCGUCAUCCACCCACUGUCCAGCCCGAGCAACAGGUUCUGUGUCACCAGCCUGGACCCGGACACACUGCCUGCUGUUGCCACACUCCUCAUGGAUGUCAUGUUCUACUCCAACGGAGUGAAGGACCCCGUGGCGGCCGGCGAUGACUGUGGCCACAUCCGCUUCUUUUCCUUCUCCCUCAUCGAGGGCUACAUCUCGCUGGUGAUGGACGUGCAGACCCAGCAGAGGUUUCCUAGUAAUUUGUUGUUCACGAGCGCAUCUGGAGAGCUCUGGAAGAUGGUGCGGAUUGGAGGACAGCCCCUAGGAUUUGAUGAGUGCGGCAUCGUGGCCCAGAUCUCCGAGCCCUUAGCUGCUGCUGACAUCCCCGCUUACUACAUCAGUACCUUCAAGUUCGACCACGCACUGGUACCAGAAGAAAACAUCAAUGGCGUCAUCAGCGCCCUGAAAGUCAGCCAAGCAGAGAAGCAUUAGGAGGGCCUCUUCCGCUCCUCCCCGUCUGCCCCCCAGGCCUGGGCCCAGCCCCACCCUGAAGAUUCUUCUCGCGGUAUUUCUCAACAGACUGGAAAAUC